GAAUAAGAGUAGGAGUCUGGGCUGAACGUGGCGGCCACUACAACGUUAUCACACGCGGCACGUUAACCGACAAGACGAUGUUUGCACGACACACAAUCUGGCUGUGUUCGGUGUACUGAGUGAAGCACCGUGUCAAGAGGGAUUAUGUGGUUGCGCCGGACAACGUAUAGAGGAGAACUGGUUAGGUGCCGAUCAGAUGCAGCCCAACUCAAAGGCACGAGCCCAGCCGUUACGUGCUAGAGAAAGCAAGGUACAAGUGAUGCAUCCAGCCCAAGGCAGUAUGGAGAUGAGAUGCAGAAGAGAAAAGAAAGAGGAACCGGACGGGGAUGAAUAUGCGAGUCGGAGAAAGACAGAGGAGGCUGGGCGAUUCAGGCGGCGGGGUGGCUGGGAUCCCAGCGUGAAAACAAGGUUCUAUUGCCCGACCUUGAAACAGCGAGAUUCAAUAGGUGUUUCAACGGUUAAUUUACGAGUCGGAUCGAGUCAUCAGGCUCAACAAUUCUACGCCAAUCGGUACAAAUGGUAUACAAUUCUUUUUCUCAACAUACAAUCGUUGGUGAUUAUUGUUCGGUGUUUACCGCCAUCCUUGCCUUUGGGAGGGCCGUUGCCAUAGCUGAGCCGUGGGUGGGGCUGCCCGGCCCACGAGGUGCUCGAGCCACGGUUGAGCACUGGUCUAGCCCUCAGGAACGCUUUCUGCCUCUUGUGUGGCAGCGUCCCGGAUCGACCAAGAAAGUAACCAGGACUAUUUAUAUCUGAUGCAAGGAGAGUGAGAUG